CAUAUCGACAUAUCGACUGAAGAGCUACUAGCUAGCUAGCUAGUACUGAAGACUUCAGGUUUCAGGAGAAGCGAAUCAAGAGACGACCAAAAGAACACUCCCAAGGUGGUACCAGGUAUGUACAAGUGUAUUGCUUGUGCCAGUAGAGAGGUUUCAUCACCAUGACGGAGCCUGCUAAUAGCGCCCACAACCCAAGCGAUACUGUUCAAGGAUCGCAGCAAGUAUCCGUGACUGCCAAGGAAGGAGAACUUUCUGGGAAAAGAUUGUUGGCUGCCUUUUGGAAGGAUGACGAGCUCAAUGACAUCACAUUCAAGAGCAACGAUGGAGUUCUGGUCAAGGCCAAUCGCUUUGUUUUCGCUGCCAAAAGUGAUGUAUUCCGUCGGAUGCUCUUGGGUCAGUUUUCUGAAUCCAAGAGUCCUGUCAUUAAUCUGGACUAUGAGGGAACUGUUGCGGAGGCGUUGGUCGAAUAUGUCUACACCGAUUCUGCUGAGGUACUCAGGGUAUCCCAGAAGCGACAACGAGAAGAGGACACAGAGCAGGAGCACCAUUCUACAAGACAAAUUCAGCUCUUGGUUUCUCUCAUGGAGUGUGGAAAUUUCUACAACCUGCUUACUCUUUGCGAAAAGGCACUAGAAUGCGUGGCCAAGAUUUUGAAAGAAUACCCAAAGCUGUCCUUUGUCCUCUUGCAAUCUUGUUUUCAAAGACAAGGACUCCCCAAAGAGCUCAAGUUGAUGGCUGAAAAAGGCGUCCGCAAAGACAUUGCUGGAGCCACAAUUGGUACCAAAGAUGUCGCCUGUUUGAGUCCGUCUGUGUUGGAAGCAAUCUUAAAGAUCGGCAACUACGAAUGAAUGAGCUGGAGGUCUUUAGCAUUCUAAUGGAGUGGGUGAAUGCAGCAUCAACAGCUACUGCUGUAGAAUUGGAUCCAGUCGCCUUGGAAGAACGCCAGACUGUUGCUCAACAGCUGGUCAAACAUGUUCGAUUGGAGAAAAUUCAUCCCAAUGAUUUGUCGAAGACAGUCCGGCCAUCAGGUCUUGUGCCCAGGGACAUGUUUGGAUGUCUAUGAAAAGCAAUUGACAGCAGAGAAAGCUGACCAUGUUUAUCAAAUGCCACGCUACAGUCCAUGGGUCAGCCAAUUCUCUCCCAAGUGGAAUCAUUCCACACAGUAUCAAGGUGGAGGGAACAAAACGUUUUGAUGGGAUAUACCAGAAGGUUGGCUUCUUUGGAUGGGGUGCUGAGUAUCGCAAGAAUUUACUAUGCCGUGCAGGAAGAAGGUGGGUUCGGGUAUCUUAUGCCAUCCGCCAAGAAGCUCUAGAUGGAGAGGUUCGAUGGGUCAUGACUUUGUUGAAGGGUGCCAGUGAGCAGAGAGAUCAGCAGUUCGAAAGUUUCUCAGCACCUGUUACAGACAGUGUUCUUCCGCCCACUGACGACUCUUGGACGACCACAGAGUUGCAAGAUGGUGAUGAAAUAUCUCCAAGAGUUUUCUACAGGGCUCCAACCUCUAGCUAGCGAAGUUUUGUUGUUUGGAGUGUCCAACCACGAGGAUGAAAAUCCUCAAUAACUAUCCUCAACGCCAGUGUUAAAAAAAAA